UAUCAGUGCAGUGUGUGAGCAUGGUGAAAAGGUAAACAAGUUGCAGUGUUUUUCUGGUUUUCCUAAAAAAAAAAUCCCCAAAUAUUCGUGAAAAUGCUGCCAAAUCCAGCUGCAGCAAAGCCCAAAGAUGCUGCCCCUAGGAAUGUCUUCUUUGAAAAUGAUGAUAUGGAUUCAAUGGCCAGGCAUUUCAUUGGGAACAUGCAGAGGUAUCGUGAAAAUGUGGUAAUUCCUAAAAAUCUUGGUCCAGUGAAGAUUCUCACGAACGAGGAGAAAAUGAUCCAAAAUGCCAUGGAUAGUUGUACAUUUAAAUCUGUGAUGGCAUGUGUUAUGGGAUAUGGUUUGGGAGCUGCAAUUGGUCUCUUUAGUUCUUCAGUGAAUCCCAACAUUGCUACACCAGGUGUGGAGAAACAGCAGUCUGCACGAGAGAUUUUUCGGGAGAUGCGCUCUACAACACACGGAUAUGCAAAGAAUUUUGCCCUCAUCGGUGCUGUCUUCUCCGCCGUUGAGUGCACUAUUGAAUCUAGUCGUGGGAAAUCCGACUGGCGCAAUGGAACAUAUGCGGGUGCGAUAACAGGUGGCCUAAUCGGAGUGAGAGCGGGAAUCAAGGCAGGAAUAAUCGGAGCUGCUGGUUUUGCGGCAUUCUCCACAGCUAUUGAUUACUACAUGAGGCAUCGAUAAAUAUGUAGUAUAAAAACUAUUGUAGAAAUUUGCUUUAGGAAUAUUUUUAAAUUUUAUGUAAAACUGUUGAGUUGCGAAGUUGAGAAAAUAAGGAGAUUUCUCGUCAAGUA